AUGACCCAGAACCUCAAAAUGACAGUCACUGCCACCACCGGCGGAGAACAGAAGCUGAAGCCGAAGUCCGGGCGGAAGCCUCUCCAGCCACUGAACUCGCUGGUCUCAACGCCCACCAGUAAUAUAAAGAACAAGCCAAAGGAAAAGCAAGAAUGUAUAGAUCAGAAACAGAAUCAGAUCCCUGUGGUUGGAGAUCUGAACAAGGAGAAAGAGGAGGAGAAUCAUGUGGUGACAAAGUUGGAAUCACUGGAUGCGUCGCUGGCGGAGGAACUCAGCGCCAUGAGAAAGAAGCUUGAGAGAUUGAGAUUGGACAAAGAGAAAACAGAGAAGAUGUUGAAUGAAAGAGAUACGAUGCUGGAUAUGCAAAUGAAGGAGCUUCAAUACAGAGGGGAUACUCAGAAGAUGCUGGAGAUUGAAGUUGAUAGAUUGUACAGAUUAAAGGAACUCAAGUCUUACUGUUUGAGGAUUUCAUCCAUACGAUCUCUGAGAGAGAAAGAACAAGAAAAGAGGAUUACCGGAGUGGCAAAAUCCAUCUCCCAUAAUUUGGGUGGUGAAGAUGAUGAUGAAGAAGAAGAAGAAUCCGUGGGUGAAAACACAUUGCAGAGUCCAUGCUCGAGCCCCGUAGAAGAAAUUACAGAGAAAGAGAAAUAGAUAAAUGUUUUGCUUUUUCAAGCUCUAGUUUGAAUUCUUUUAUUGUGCUUGCACUUGGAGAAGACAAUAUUUAUUAUAAUGUCUCAUUAUAGCAGUGGUUGAAAUUUCAAAUUGUUUGCGCUCUUCUUUGACUAUAUAUCAUCCAGAAACAGAGAGUUCCUCAUUU